AUGCAAUCUGGCUUUCAGUGCAGUUGCUGUCAAACAGCCAAUGCUACAUGUACAUUUUCGAAGAAACUCAAGAGGAGAACUAAGCCUCGAAGACACGUCGAACAGCAAGACAAGAUCAUCGAGAACCUCAAAAUCCAGAAUGAAAAACUGAAGCAACAACUGGAACAAGUCAUUGCCAUCAAUUCAAAACCGGGAAACCCCGGCGGUUCAACCCUAGGGGCAAAUGUACCGCGUUCUCCCCACUUUGCGCAAGCUCAGUUGUUACCUUUUACGCUUGGGUCGGGCACAUCAGACACACUGCAGGAAUCUGAGCAACCCAUCAUCAAACAUCUGGGUCGUUUAGUCUCAUCAAGCUCUGGUACGCAGCGGUUUGCGGGCUCCACUACGGGAAUCCAUUUCAUACAUUCGGCCGAGAAGGUAUAUAAAACAUGCUUCAAUACGGCAGAAGAAUUUCCUGAACCCGUAUAUCGGCUUCACUGUCUUGGUCCCCUAACUCGACCACAUCAAACUGAGCCACAUGUCAAUCAAUCGGAAUUACAACAGCCAUACUUUGUCUUGGAUGGACCGAGGACAUCCAACGGCUCCUCACUUAAUCAUUCUAAUGAAUGCCAUAUAUAUUACGAGAAAGCUUGUCAAUUAGCUCGCUUGGGAUUGAAAAGGGGGGAUCUUACUGAGCUUCAGUCAGUUAUACUAACAUGCCUGUACCUUCAAAUCACCCGGCACCAUUCAACAUGGAUCCAAACAAGUGGGCAGGCUGUUCGGCUAGCUCAGUCAUUGGGCUUGCAUCGUCAUGCCCGUCGCUUCACAUUCUGCCGUGGAGAUGUAGAACUGAGGAAGCGUGUGUGGUGGUGUGUGUAUGCUGUGGAUAUUGCCAGCAGUAUUGUGCAUGGGCUGCCCAAGGUGAUUCAGGAUGACGAUGUUGACAAUGACCUUCCUGUCGAUGCAGACCUGGAGGAUUGUACGGCCACCGAAAUUCCGCUUCCCCUACCAGGCGAAUCUACCAAUUUUGGGAUCUUCAUCACAUAUAUAAAGCUACUUCGGAUCAUGUCCACCUGUUUGAAAACUUUAUAUACAACGACUAAGCGGCGGAAUGGAGUCGCGAAAAUCACCGCACUCGACCAGGAACUAUCCGUUUGGAGAAACAGCAUUGGCAAUUUCAAAGAUCGAGACACUGCUUCUGAGCAUGAAAAAGGGAUAGUCGAAGAUGUCUAUGCAAACUCAAGUUACCACGCAUUCGAAAUACCUUUUCUUCAUCUUCUCAGCAAUGUAUGCAUGCUUCUUAUCCAUCUGCCCGCAUUGACGUUCGAACCGGCACAUCCUCAAUUUGCAAAGAGCCUGGGUAGCUCUGUUCGUGCGGGAUUGAAUAUCCUGAUUAUCCUAAGUCGUAACCACAGCAACAGGCGGGUAGACUGUCUUCUGCCAAACAGAGAAUCGUUGGCUUUUCAGUCCGCCUUGGUAUGUUUCUACCAUCAAUGGGUCUCUCGUGUGUCUUCCUUACCAUCCAUGCUUGACAUCAAUAUCUCGCUGGAGAAGGUGACGGGGGCAGCAAUUGAGCUUUUGAAUGCUCAAAAGACAGAACUCGUGCAAAUGGAUACAAGCCCGGCUCGGGAAAUCGACCAUACUACACUCUCAACAACGAUUGAGUUUAUCGAGUCAUUGUGCAGUCGUACGAAGCAGCUCUUUCACGACUAUACACCGACGCCAAUUCCACCAACACAGCAACAAGCGCCGUCUUUCCUUCAAGAGCAGUUCAACCCUUUCUCCGACUUUGGUAAUGAAGCAGAUGAUAUAGCGGGCUUGGGCGCUUUAGGCGAACUGAAUCAACUUGAAUUUGCGUGGGAUGACGGUUUAUUUAAUUUCGAGACGGAAUAA